GAGAGCUGUUGCGUGAACUACGUACGCCCCGCACUUUUAAUUGACGUUUGUUAUAUUUGUAUAAUUCCAAACAACGUCGAGGGGGGGAGUGUGUGAACUGAUUAGAUAGACAUAACAGAGGUUUGCUAAAAAUAUGAUAGUCAUCAACACAAUCCGAAAUUCAGCAAGACUGACGCUGCGUAAUAUUUGCCUGCGAAACAAACCAUUAAAUUUCACGCGCACUUUCUCGCUGGGCUCGGCGCUGCGGCAGCAAGAUGUUGUGAACGUAACAUUUGUGCGCGCAAGUGGAGAGAAGAUUAAAGCUUCCGGGAAAGUGGGCGACUCGCUGCUGGACGUUGUGGUGAACAACAAUGUUGACCUUGACGGCUUUGGCGCCUGCGAAGGCACCUUGACCUGCUCCACUUGCCACCUGAUCUUCAAGACCAGCGACUACGAGAAGCUGCCUGAUAAACCCGGCGAUGAGGAGCUGGAUAUGCUGGAUCUGGCCUACGAUCUGACAGACACAUCCCGUCUAGGCUGCCAAAUCAAUCUGACCAAGGACAUGGACGGACUCGAGGUGCACGUACCUGCCACAAUUAACGAUGCACGUGCUGCGUAGACGUAAUCCACGUUGAUUCCCCUACAGUUGUUACAAAUUUGUUAGUUUUCAAGUGCUAUUUUUUUAGUUAACGUAUAUAUAGUCAGUUAUUGAAACAAAUCUUUUGUAUGCCAUGUCCAAGCGGACAUGAACACUAUUAACAACAAACAAACUCAGGCGGCUAUUGUUGAUUCUUGCAUAAAUGAAUUUUAAUUGUAUUCCAAUUUCGAAAUUGGAAGGCGUGAAGCUCCAAAGUAAACAGAUCAAUGUAAAUAUGUGUUCGUAAAUAAAUAAAUAAAACUUUUAUAUUCAUAGAA